AUGAUAAAUUCCGGGUUCUUGAACGACGCAGAGAAGGCUUCAGACGACUUGGAGUCGUCUGAUGGCCAGCAGUGCGAGAUGCCAUGGAUAGAAUGGUACUGCAGCCUGAAGGGUAACCAGUUCUACGCACAGGUAGACCCUGAUUACAUCCGCGAUGAGUUCAACCUCGUCGGUCUGCAGCAGCAGGUUUCGUACUACAACCACGCGAUUCGCGUGAUCCUGGAUAACUAUGAUGAUUACGAUUACGAGUGCUACGACGAUAAUGAGGAUGAUUCUUUCGGCCCGCGUUCCGAGCGUGCGAAGCAGCAGAUCAUCAACACGUCGUCUCAGUUGCUCUACGGCCUGAUUCACAGCCGUUUCAUCCUAACGUCGAAAGGCAUGUCUCUGAUGCUGCAGAAGUUUAAAGAGAAGGUCUUUGGCACGUGUCCUAACUUCAGCUGCGAGAACGCAGCUGUCCUGCCCAUUGGCAUCGUGGACGCUCCCGCGUAUCACAACGCGAAGAUAUUUUGCCCUCGUUGCAAUGAAGUGUAUCACCCCCCUAAGAGCAGUCGACUCUCACUCAUCGACGGGGCGUACUUUGGGACCACUUUUGCACAUUUCUUUUUGAUGGUCCACGACCCCAUUGUGCCCCGCGGGCCGACCUACUACUACGUUCCUCAGAUUUACGGGUUCAAGGUCAGCACUUCUGUAAAGGACCAGAAAGACACUACUCAGCCUAAUAAGUCUUAG